GCGGUCGAUGUAAACUAGGCUUGGUGUCGUCGAGAAACUGUUGGCAAUAUUGAGGGAUUUUAGGGAUUAAAAUGUUUCGCAUCGAGUCCGAGGAUGUUCCUUUCCAGUUCAUAACGUUGUACUAAACACGUGGUUACGGUUGUAAUUAUUGAAAUUGAGACGAAAUACGCAGUAAAUCACGCAAAAUGCCAUUGGCCAGAGAUUUUUUGCAUCCCAGUCCCAUUGAGGAAAAGAGGAAACAUAAGCUGAAGAGGCUUGUGCAGAAGCCUAACAGUUACUUCAUGGAUGUCAAAUGCCCGGGCUGUUACGCCAUAAAAACUAUAUUUUCCCAUGCCCAGAGACCAGUAGAAUGUGACGGAUGUCGUACGAUACUUUGCACACCAACGGGUGGGAAGGCAAGAUUAACGGAAGGCUGUUCCUUUAGAAGAAAAGUUCAAUGUUAAUUUUACGUGAUGUAUUUAAUGCUUCUCUUUAUAUUCGAUAAAUAAAUACAAUCACAUUAUAACAUUCUUUUAUUGAA